AUGCCCGGCUGGCCCUGGGGGCUGCUGCUGACCGCGGGCACGCUUUCGACCGCGCUGAGCCUGGGGCCGCCAGCGCCCGCCGACCCCUGCCAUGACGACGGGGGCGCGCCCCGCGGCUGCGUGCCCGGCCUGGUGAACGCCGCCUUGGGCCGCGAGGUUCUGGCGUCCAGCACGUGCGGCCGGCCGGCCACGCGGGCCUGUGAUGCCUCGGACCCGAAGCGGGCACACCCCGCCGCCCUCCUGACCUCCGCAGGGAGCACCACCAGCCCUGUGUGCUGGCGUUCCGACUCACUGACACAGGCGCCCCACAACGUGACCCUCACAGUGCCCCUGGGCAAGGCUUUUGAGCUGGUGUUCGUGAGCUUGCGCUUCUGCUCGGCGCCCCCGGCCUCGGUGGCCCUGCUCAAGUCACAGGAUCACGGCGGCAGCUGGGCCCCACUGGGCUUCUUCUCCUCCCGCUGUGGCCUGGACUAUGGCCGCCUGCCUGCCCCUGCGGAUGGCCCACCUGGCCCAGGGCCUGAAGCUCUGUGCUUCCCUGAGCCCCAGGUCCAGCCUGAUGGUGGUGGCCUUCUGGCCUUCAGCGUGCAGGACGGAAGCCCACCAGGCCUGGAUCUGGACAGCAGCCCAGUGCUCCAAGACUGGGUGACUGCCACAGACAUUCGAGUAGUGCUCACAAGGCCUGCCAUGCUGGAGGACACCAGGGACUCCAUGGCCAUGGUCCCUUACUCUUACUCGGCUACUGAGCUCCAGGUGGGGGGGCGCUGCAAGUGCAAUGGGCAUGCCUCAAGGUGCCUGCUGGACACCCAGGGCCACCUCAUCUGCGACUGUCAGCAUGGCACCGAGGGCCCCGACUGCGGCCGCUGCAAGCCCUUCUACUGCGACAGGCCAUGGCAGCGGGCCACGGCCCGGGAAGCCCACGCCUGCCUUGCUUGCUCCUGCAAUGGCCAUGCCCGCCGCUGCCGCUUCAACAUGGAGCUGUACCGACUGUCUGGCCGUCGUAGUGGUGGCGUCUGUCUCAACUGCCGGCACAAUACCGCUGGCCGCCACUGCCACUACUGCAGGGAGGGCUUCUAUCGCGACCCAGGGCGUGCCCUGAGCGACCGCCGCGCUUGCAGGGCAUGUGACUGUCACCCUGUUGGUGCCGCUGGCAAGACCUGCAACCAGACCACAGGCCAGUGUCCCUGCAAGGAUGGCGUCACUGGCCUCACCUGCAAUCGCUGCGCCCCUGGCUUCCAGCAGAGCCGCUCUCCGGUGGCCCCCUGUGUUAAGAUUCCUGUCCCUGGACCCACUGAGGAGAGCAGCCCUGUGGAGCCCCAGGACUGCGACGCGCACUGCAAACCAGCCCGGGGUAGUUACCGCAUCAGCUUGAAGAAAUUCUGCAGGAAGGACUACGCGGUGCAGGUGGCGGUGGGCGCGCGCGGCGAGGCGCGCGGCUCGUGGACGCGCUUCCCGGUGGCCGUGCUUGCAGUGUUCCGGAGCGGCGAGGAGCGCGCGAGGCGAGGGAGCAGCGCGCUAUAUGAACCCCUUGUGAUGCCAGGACCCAUCUAA